AAGGAAAGAAAGGCAGAUAUUUGGAUUACGAAAGCGAAUUUAACUGGAAGGGUUGGUGGGAGAUUGAAAGUCGAAAGUCGAAAGUCUUUCCUUUUCUCUGCUUCAGAGUCAGAGGAGAGGAUCCCAAGUAGCGACUAGCAGACAAGCGAGGGAGUAAUAGAGAGAGAAGGCAUGGCUUCAGAUCGCAAAUUUUAUGAGUUUGAUGAUGUCUCCAUACACAGUCAACACAAGGAUUGCUGGCUUAUUAUCAAUGGGAAGGUGUAUGAUGUAACUUCAUUUAUGGAUGAUCAUCCGGGAGGCAGUGAGGUCUUGCUAUCGUCCACUGGGAAAGAUGCAACAAAUGAUUUUGAAGAUACUGGCCACAGCGACAAUGCCAGAGAACUCAUGGGAAAAUAUUACAUUGGUGAUAUCAACGUUUCAAGCAUUCCACAGAAACGUGGCUAUGUUCCUCCUCAUCAAGCACCAUACAACCCUGAUAAAACUUCGGAGUUUGUGAUUAAGAUAUUACAGUUCCUGGUACCUCUGUUGAUCUUGGGCUUAGCAUUUGCUGUUCGACAUUUUACGAAGAAAGACUAGCUGAAUAAUUGUUGCCCUUUCAGUCCCUCAUAGAACCCGUUGGUUGGUUUCUUCUGCCUUCGUAGACUGGGCAACCUUGAAGAGAACUUGCAACUUCUUUUUUGCCUACUGUUAUUGCAUUCGGUGAAUUGUGCGUGGACAUUAGCUUUGAUUUGUCAAUUAAAAUAGACUGUAGUUUGAUAUAUGGAGCUCCUUACAAUUUGGAAUUCCAAAUGCAUACUAAUAAGGCUUGUUUAAUAAGGUUUGUUUGA